AUGGCGGAUCCCCUGUCAAUUAUUGGAACAGCGGGAGCUAUUGCGAAUAUUAUCGACGUACUCACCAAAACGAUCACAACAGUAUGUGACAUGCGACAAGCCUGGAAAGUCGCCGACCUCAGCGUGUUCGCGUUCGAAAGCCAGCUCAAUCUCCUCAAAUUUGCACUUUGUGAAAUUCAGAAAUGGACCGAGUCCAGAUCCAACGAUCAAUCGCAUCAAUUGGUGAUGCAAGUGGACAGCUGCGUAACGUGCUGUCGGCUUCUCAUUGGCAAGAUUGAUGGCCAAGUGUCACAGUUUCAGAAAACGGUAGCCGGAGAUCUAGAGCUUGGUUCCAAGCUUUCUUUUCUGUUCAAGACGAAAGACAUGGAGCAGAUUCAGCGGAUGGUGGAUCAACAGACACAUACACUAACACUUUUGUUAAGUGCAUGCAACUCAAAUGCCUUGGAAGAACAAACUAGAAUCUUACAGCAGCCUAAAUUCAUACAGGCUCUGCAGGACAUGGAUCGAGACACUGCGUCUCUCAUUGUUCAUCGAGACUCAGAUUCCAUAGUCACCGCUACAUCCGUAAAUUCUUCGAGAUGGUCGGUUCAGUUCGCGUUUGAUCGGGAGCUUUUUAUUACCAAAGUAUACGAAAAAUGGAUUCGGAAGCUUGCAACGGCACGGAGGACCAAUAGUCACCGCCCAGAAGAUAGCACUCAACAAGACCAUCAACAAAUGUCAAACAACGAGAUUGUCUUCACGAGUGCACCUACUGAUGAGGAGCAAAAUUCCUUUACACAUACGCAAACUGCUAAAUCAGAACCACCAUCUCGGCCAUCGUCAAACUUUGGAGAGCGGAUGAAUUCUUUGACACGUACCGCCCUAGGUAUAGAGCUGCAACCUUUGAAACGUGACCGAACUACGAGCGACUUGAGGCUUCAAACUAAGGAGUCCCGACGUAUUGACCAGAGCUUGAAAGAUGACUCCAAAUUGACCCAAGGAGAGGUCAAAGUAGCCAUCCUUGGCUCAAAGACUAGGAAGCGAGUCUUUGAAGAGAUGAGGUUAUCAGCCGGCCACCCGCAAUGCUACACAGUUUCACAACUAUGCAUAUUUCGUCCCAUAAUCCUUGGAGCAGUUUUUGAAAGUGUUCAGUAUUUAGCAAAGAAGCUAUUGGUCGACGAGGCCAUCAGAGAAGAUCCGUUGCGGGCGAGCUUGGAGGACGUGCUGCUCGGCGACAAAGAAGAAUUGGAUCUUGACAAUGGGUUUGAACCGUGGAUUGUCUAA